GCCGCCCUCUUGCCCGGGGGAGGGGCGUCUGGGUCCCGUGGGUCGGGCAUCGAUUGGCCCUGCCUGGCCUAGUCCGCGCCGCUGCAGCCGACUGCGGUGCUCGUCAGACCUGUGCAGUUGCUCAGGCUGAGCUCGGGGAGGGAGCUAGCCUGGAGCCCAGGCCCAGCCACCAUGGCAAUGCUCCCAGGCUCAGCCACCCACCCGCACACACUGCUGCUCCUGUCUGUCCUGCUGAGCUCAGGUUGGGGGGAGUUGGCACCACAAAUUGAUGGUCAGACCUGGGCGGAGCGGGCACUUCGGGAGAAUGAACGCCAUGCUUUCACCUGCCGAGUGGCCGGAGGGUCUGGUGUCCCCCGACUGGCCUGGUACCUGGAUGGACAACUGCAGGAGGCCAGCACCUCCAGGCUGCUCAGUGUGGGCGGGGAGGCCUUCUCUGGAGGCACCAGCACCUUCACUGUCACUGCACAGCGGGCCCAACAUGAGCUCAACUGUUCCUUGCAGGACCUGGGCAGUGGCCGGUCAGCCAACGCCUCUGUCAUCCUCAACGUGCAAUUCAAGCCAGAGAUUGCCCAGGUCGGAGCCAAGUACCAGGAAGCUCAGGGCCCGGGACUCCUGGUUGUCCUUUUUGCCCUGGUGCGUGCCAACCCUCCUGCCAAUGUUACCUGGAUCGAUCAGGAUGGGCCAGUGACUGUCAACACCUCUGACUUUCUGGUGCUGGAUGCCCAGAACUACCCAUGGCUCACCAACCACACGGUACAGCUGCAGCUCCGCAGCCUGGCACACAACCUCUCAGUGGUAGCCACCAACGACGUGGGUGUCACCAGUGCCUCUCUCCCAGCCCCAGGCCCCUCCCGGCGUCCAUCUCUCAUCUCGAGUGACUCCAACAACCUCAAACUCAACAAUGUGCGCCUGCCACGGGAGAACAUGUCCCUCCCGUCCAACCUACAGCUCAACGACCUCACCCCGGAUGCCAGAGCAGGGAAACCAGCAGACCGGCAGGCGGCUCAGAACAACAGCCGGCCGGAGCUUCUGGAGCCGGAGGCUGGCGGCCUCCUCACCAGCCGAGGCUUCAUCCGUCUCCCGAUGCUGGGCUAUAUCUACCGAGUGUCCAGUGUGAGCAGUGAUGAGAUCUGGCUGUGAGCAGAGGGCCAGAC